CUGCAUUUUGGUAUCGAAUGAACGCAACAGCAGCAGCGAGUAAUCGUUGUUUUGGAAAAAGAAAAGAUGUUGCUUGCUUUUCGUGGGAUUUUUCAUUUGUGUGAUAAAAAUAAAAGUGCAUCGGACAAGUGUUCUUAGACUUAUUGAGCAUUAGCCUCAUUAAGUUUAAAUCAAGAUAUUUAUAGGUGUUCUAUAUCAAAAAAUUUUUUUUUAUACGGAUUUUGCAAUUUUUCCUACAUCAUAACCUCAUUUGAACAUCAAAUAUACAAUAAAAAAGCAUUUACAAAAUAAUGCUUUAAAUAGAAUGUAAAUGUAUUAAUUUGCAUUUGUCAAUUAUUUGCAAAUGUCAUUUAUUUUCAAUUAUCAAUAUGUUCAUUUUUUUUGUUAAAUGGAAAAUUUAAUUUUUGCAAGAUUGACAUUAUUUAUGUCUUGUUUAAAACUAUUUCACAUUCUAUUCAUUUAUAAUUGAUUCUGAAAAUAGUGAAAUAAAUAACAAGACGACUUUAAAAAUGUCAUAUGAAGACAAUAAUAUUAUUUCUCCGGAUAUUCUAACAGACGGAGAAGGAAAUACUUUCGAAGAAACUGUCAUGGAAGAGGAGAUUGAAAUUAAUCAGAAAAUUCAUAUUAUAAAAAAAGAAAGUAAUUUAGACAUAUUUGAUGAAAGAACCGAAUAUGAAGUUGAAAAAACAAGUCCAACUAAAAAUUCAGAAUCAGUUCUUAUUGGAAUUAAACAAGAAUGGGCAGCGGAGGCUGAAGUUGCAGCAAGAUCUUUGGAUGAAAUUGAUAGUGAAGAUGAGAGAACUGAAUUUGUUAUUGAAAAAACGGAAGGAGAUGAGGAAGAAGAAGAUGAAGAGGAAACUAUUGCCAUGUUCGUUACAGCAUCUGGUCAACAAUUAGCCCUUUAUGCUGUUGAAGAUUCUGACGAUUAUUUUGCUGUUGCGGUUUAUGAUGAAUCCGGAGAGCCACCAUCAAAUUUUCAAUUUCUUAUGAAAUCUGAUGUUGAAAGAUUAAUAAGAGAAGGUGCCGUGAGGACUGUGAAGAAACCAACACAAAUAAAAAGGCAACUUGUAACCACCCAACCUCCAGUUUUUAUACCCAAGGAGGAAAUAACCGGAGAUGUUAUUAAAAAACCCGAAAUUCCCAUAGAACCCAUAAAACAUAGAAUUGUUGACAAUAAAAAAACAAAAGCGACACCUAAUUUCGUGAAACCUGUGAUUGAAAGUCAACCUAAGUCGAAAAUUAUUCGUCUCGACGAUUCGGGAAGUGAAGAAGAACUUGUUGAACAAUCAACAGUACAAUAUAUUCUCUGCGAUGGUGAUCAAUCCGAUACAGAAUUAACGUUUGACGAAAUUCAAGCCACUCUUCAAGAAUUCAAAACAAGUGAUUCAAGGAAACAUUAUAAAAAUAUUCCCAUAGAGAAACCAUCAGCACAAAAGAAAACAAAUAACGGUUUAGUAUACUUGGCAUCGCCGUCAACAAUAUGCAACCCCAGUUAUCGUGGUUCAUAUUAUCCGAAUUCUAUAAAAAUAGAACCAUCACCAAAACCACAGAGUCCUGUAAAACGAUCUCACAUAUCUAAUACAUCAAUUAUCGGUUCGAAGCAAAAUCAUGGAAUUAAACGUGAACUUUCACCAAUGUCUGAUUAUUACACGCCAAAUACCUCAGUGAAUAUCUCAUUAUCCGACAGUAUAACAAAUACAAAUUCUCAAUUGAAAGUAAAACGACCAAGAAAACAGCAAUUAACAUCUGUAAAUCGAGAGGAUACGGAAAUAAUAAUACAACCAGCUUCCAUGCUAGAGGAGGAGGAAGAAAUACCAAUGCCUAGAAAGAGGGGUAAACGAAAAAAGAAGAAUGCAAAAAUAUCAAAAUUACCAACGAGGAAAAGCACAAGACGACGACGUACACGCGUGGAAAUAAUAGACAUUGAUGUCGAUGAUUCGGAUUCUGACGAGCCACCAAGGAGAAAGGAAAUUUUGGAAAUUACCCUCGAUGAAAACAAAGAGAAGGGUUCGAGUGAUAAGGAAAAUGAAAUUAUAAUGGUUGGUGAUUCCGAUGAGGAUGAUGAGGAUGACGAUGACAACGAAGAUGAUGAUAUCGACGAGGAUGAAGAGAAUGAUGAUUACGAAUACGAUGACGAAUCGAAUACACUGAAAUGUAAACAUUGUUUAAAGAUAUUUAAGUACACGCGUACAUUUGAUUCUCAUAAAAGAGUAUGUAGCAAAUAUAGAGGCAGAUCACAUCGAUUGAGUGACAGAUACAUGGAAGAUGAAUCGUCCACCGAUGAUGAGAGUCCAAGGGAAAAGAAAAUGACGAAGAAGAAUUCAAAAGACAAAAGUUCCAAACCCAAAAAGGAAUACACUUGUAAGACGUGUGAGGAGAAAUUCGAUAUGGUUGUAACAUUGGCGCGUCACGUGCGCGCUGAACACACGCCACGAAAACGUGGCCGACCAAGUAAGGCAGACGCGAAAAAAUUACAAAUGCAAAUUGAAAUAAAUAGAAUAAAAAAUCUCGAGAGGAAGAAUGCUGAUGAGAAAUUGCGAUAUAAAAUGAAGAAAAAUGUCUACGAUGAUGAUGACGACAACGACGAUGACGACGUGGAUGAAGAUGAUGUCGAGUCAGAGAAGGAGGUCGACGAAUUGGAAAAAGUGCUUGAAGAAUUGGAGAGAGAUGUCGAGGAAGUGAUUGUUCCGAAGAAAUUGGAAUCAGAAAAGGAGCAAGUACAUAAGGAAGUAGAAGCAGAAGAAGUAAAAGAAAAGGAAAAAGAAAAAGCAACAGAAAAAGUGAAAGAAAAGGUGAAAGAAAAGGAAAAAGAAAAAGCAACAGAAAAAAAAGCAACAGAAAAAGUGAAAGAAAAGGAAAAAGAAAAAGCAACAGAAAAAGUAAAAGAAAAGGAAGAAGAGAAAGAAGUGAAUGAAGAGAAAGAAGAGAAUGACGAGAAAAAAGAAAAUCCUCCAAGAAUUGACGAGUCGACGGAACAAACUUCAGAACCCAAUACAACAGAGCAAUUAAGUACUGUCAGUCAAUCAAAAUUGGCGAGAUUAGCCAAUAAAAGGAAAUUAAUUGCUCGAUUACACAGAAAAUGGAAAUUCGCCGAUUUAAUCUGUACAAUAUGCAAUCGAUGGCUUCCUAGCGCUUCCGCACAUGAAAAUCAUAUUUUACAGCAUUUUACAAAAAGACGAAUUGCCAGAGAUAUUUACGAAUGUCCGAUUUGUCAUAAAUUCUUCAAGUCCCAAUUAAUGUACAUGAAACAUAAAAAACUGCACACCAAAGUUGAAAGGAACUUUAAGUCUGAAGAAUCUAGAAAUUUGAUGAACUUACAAGACAAAGGAAGUAGAUUAUCGGCCAUUAGACGUUGUGGGAGACCACGGAAAUUCUAAUCAAAUAUAUAAUUUCCAAAAUAAAAAAGGUGAAUAAUAGGACAUUAAAUGAAUUUCUUUUCCACUUAAAACAUUUAUAAAGUCAACAUAGACUUUGACCAAUGAUCAUGUGAAACAAAAAGUAAAUUCUUACUUUUGACAAAAUUUGUAGCCGUCUUUGAAAGAAAUUUUGUGAACCUUACAAGGUUCUUGCCUUCGAUCGAUGUAUUAUGAGUUUCCUUUAAUCUCAUAAAUUUCUUUUAAAUAGCUUUUCCUCUUUUUUUUUGUUAGAAUUUAUUAAUUUUUUUUUCUUCAUAAUUUGCGGUGCAAAAGAAAAAGAACGUAUUUCGUUGUAAAUUUUAAAUACAACUGAUGUUGCACCACACACUCGUUUUAUAUUCGUUAAAAAAAAUUAUAAUUAAAUUAGUUUUUAUAUAGGUUAUUGUUUUUUUUCGCAAUAAAUAUUUCAAUGUAACUUUAUUUAAGUGGUAUUGAUAUAAUUGUAAAUAAUACUAUAAUAACGUACA